AUGGCAGGAGAGGAGCGCAAUGAUACUCGGGAGGCCCGUGAGGUCAAGAACCACAUCCUCUUCGAGAUUGCCACUGAGGUCGCUCAUCGAGUGGGAGGCAUCUAUUCCGUCAUCAAGUCCAAAGCUCCCGUAACGACCGCCGAGUAUGGAGAUAGAUACACCCUUAUCGGACCCCUCAACCACCAGUCUGCUGCGGUCGAGGUCGAAGAGCUGGAACCAACGACCCCCGAGCUGGCUGCUAGUAUCAAUGCCAUGAAGGAGCGAGGUAUCGGCAUGUUGUACGGACGCUGGCUCAUUGAAGGCGCUCCUCGCGUUCUCCUCAUCGAUACGAAAACGGCAUACCAGUACAUGGAUGAGUGGAAGGCCGACCUGUGGAACGUGGCUUCGAUCCCUUCCCCUCCGGGUGACGACGAGACCAACGAAUCAAUCGUGUUUGGCUAUCUUGUUGCCUGGUUUUUGGGAGAGUUUGUUUGCCACGAGAAGAAGAAAGCCGUGAUUGCUCAUUUUCACGAGUGGCUCGCCGGUGUAGCACUUCCGCUGUGCAAGAAGCGCCGCAUUGAUGUCACCACCAUCUUUACUACUCACGCAACCCUUCUCGGUAGGUAUUUGUGCGCCGGCUCUGUCGAUUUCUACAACAACCUGCAGUGGUUCGACGUGGACGCCGAGGCUGGAAAGCGCGGUAUCUACCACCGUUACUGCAUCGAGCGUGCCGCUGCUCACUCCUGCGACGUCUUCACCACCGUUUCCCACAUCACGGCCUACGAGAGCGAGCAUCUCCUGAAGCGCAAGCCAGAUGGUGUGUUGCCCAAUGGCCUCAACGUGACCAAGUUCUCGGCCAUGCAUGAGUUUCAGAAUCUGCACCAGCAGUCUAAGGAGAAGAUUCAUGACUUUGUGCGAGGUCAUUUCUACGGCCACUACGACUUCGACCCCGAGAAUACCCUCUACUUCUUCACUGCUGGCCGUUACGAGUUCCGAAACAAGGGCGUCGACAUGUUCAUCGAAGGGCUGGCCCGUCUCAACCAUCGCCUCAAGAGCGCCGGCAGCAAAACGACAGUCGUCGCGUUCAUCAUCAUGCCUGCACAGACAUCCUCACUUACGGUGGAGGCACUCAAAGGCCAGGCGGUGAUCAAAUCGCUCCGCGAUACCGUGGACGUUAUUGAGAGAGGCAUUGGUCGUCGCAUAUUUGAGAGGUCCCUCAAGUGGCACGAUGGCGAUCCGCUGCCAGACGAGAAGGAGCUCAUCACGGGGCAGGAUCGUGUCCUGCUUCGGCGACGCCUCUUCGCCAUGAAGCGGCACGGUCUGCCGCCCAUCGUGACGCACAAUAUGGUUAAUGACAGCGAAGACCCCAUCCUGAACCAGAUCCGCCGCGUCCAGCUCUUCAACCAUCCUUCCGAUCGUGUCAAGGUCGUCUUCCAUCCCGAAUUCCUGAACUCGGCCAACCCUGUCCUGCCCAUGGACUACGACGACUUUGUGCGGGGAACCCACCUGGGCGUCUUCUCUUCCUACUAUGAGCCUUGGGGUUACACACCUGCCGAGUGCACUGUGAUGGGUGUCCCGAGCAUCACCACCAACCUGUCCGGCUUCGGCUGUUAUAUGGAGGAGCUCAUUGAAAACUCGAGCGACUAUGGUAUCUACAUUGUGGACCGCCGGACCAAAGGCGUCGAUGACUCGGUCAACCAGCUCACCUCAUUCAUGUUUGAGUUCUGUGCCAAGAGUCGCCGGCAGCGUAUCAACCAACGCAACCGAACCGAGCGUCUCAGCGACUUGCUCGACUGGAAGCGCAUGGGCAUGGAAUACGUCAAGGCCCGACAGCUGGCACUGCGCAGAGCGUACCCCGACUCUUUCAGCAGCGGCGACGAAGACGAGGACUUUAUCCCGGGAGUUGAGCAAAAGAUCUCACGUCCUUUCUCCGUGCCCGGUUCGCCCCGAGACCGCACUGGCAUGAUGACCCCGGGAGAUUUUGCGAGCCUGCAGGAGGGUCGCGAGGGACUCAGCACGGAGGAUUAUGUUGCCUGGAAGCUUCCCGAGGAGGAGGAUCCUGACGAGUACCCAUUCCCGUUGACCCUGAGAACUAAGCGUUCCGGUCCGGCUAGUCCCUUGGACGGUGUUCAGCUCAACGGCAACUAA